CAGACCGGAAUCCUACGGACUGCUAAGCUGAUGGUGAUUUAGGAGCCGCAUUCAUCUAUUCUUCCAAGUUCUUGGAAUCGGGAAAAAGAUCAAAACGACAAUCCAGAGAUUUCAAACCUCUUGAUUUUUGUCGUUUUGAUCUUAUAAACAUGACGUUCCUUACAUACACCAUGUUCUUGUGUCUUGUUUGCAUGGCUUUCUCAUGUCAAGAAAGCAUGGAUUUAGAGCUCGACCUCCUUCCAAGACCUUUGAUCAUUGAAUACCCGGAAACCCGACUCAAGAACAUGACCGAAGAGCUUACAAUGCAAUGCACGAGUUGGAGAGUCGCGGUGGAAUCAAACAAUUUGAAUCCGUGGAAAACGAUUCCAAUGGAAUGUGCAGAUUAUAUUGAAGAAUAUAUGUCGGGUCAGGCUUAUAACUUUGAUCUUGAAACGGUUUCAAAAGAGGCUCGAGUUUAUGCCAAGAGCCUAGAAUUAGGUGAUGAUGGAAUGGAUGUGUGGAUUUUCGACAUCGAUGAAACCUUGCUCUCGAAUCUUCCAUAUUAUUCUGACCACGGUUUCGGGUUGGAAGUUUUCGAUUGCGUCCAAUUCGACAGAUGGGUUGUUGAAGGAGAGGCAACAGUGAUCGAAUCCAGUUUGAAGCUAUACGAGGAGGUUUCAUGGCUUGGGUUCCAGAUUAUCUUGUUGACAGGGCGUAGCGAGGACAAAAGAAACGUUACCGUUACAAAUCUAAUCAAUGCCGGAUAUCAAAAUUGGGACAAACUCAUUUUGAGAGGUGACGACGACCAAGGAAAAUCGGCCAUUGAAUUCAAGUCGGAAAAAAGGAAAGAGAUAAUAGAGGAGGGAUAUCGGAUUAUCGGAAACUCUGGUGACCAAUGGAGCGAUUUGAUGGGUACUUCAGUGGCUAGUAGAUCAUUUAAGCUUUCUAACCCUAUGUAUCAUAUACCUUAA